UCCCUCUAUGUAAGCCUUUGUCAGAGGAACAGACAGUAAGACGAGCUGGUCUGACCAUCUAACCGUUAGCGAUGACUUAUCUGCCAGACCGCAGCUGACCACACUGCGAAAUAACUCUGGGACUCAUUCAGAAGUGAAAGAAGAUUCUGUUAAGAACAUGGAGAGAUCCAUUACCAUCCUCCUCCUAUGGUGUCAUCUCCAAGGCGUCGGAGGCCAGAGCUGGACCGUGUCUCUGCCCCAGACUGUGAAGGGUCUGCAGGGUUCCUGUGUGAGGAUCCCCUGCAGUUUCACGCUAACGCCGAGAUAUGAGACUUUCCUGAACCAUACAUGUAAAGCCCAAUGGUUUAAGGAUUUUAAGGAAGGCCCAGUGUUUGACUCCAGCCUCGCCGGAGGUCAAAACCUCUACCAGGGAGAGCUGGUGGGGAAUCUCCUCACCAGAAACUGCACAACCAUCUUCCACAACCUCCCCGCCUUCAAAUCCAAGCUUUUCUUCAGAAUUGAUUGUUGGAACGGUCUGAGAUACAGCUAUGCUACUGGCGUUAUGGUCAAUGUUAAAGAUGUGUGGAGACCGGUCUUCAAUCCAAAAGGCCAAGUGGAGGUUGUUGAAGGCAGGCCAGUCAUGCUCUCAUGCUCCGCUCCGAUCCUCUGUCCUUACCAACCCACGCUGUCAUGGACACCAAGCCUUGGAGACACCCAGGAGACAGUGGAAGAUGAGCUUGUGACUUCUGUGCUGACCUUCAAUGCCUCCGCGCUUCACCAUCGACAGAGAAUCACCUGCUCCUCCCUCUACAAGCGCCACACAGGACUAAUCGACGCCUCCUUCAAACAAUAUUUGACCAUCAACGUUUUGUACCGUCCGGACAACGUAUCGGUGGAGUGGCCGUCCAGCCCGGUGCUGGAGGGGAGCUAUGUGCGUCUGAGCUGCAAAGGCUCCGCCAACCCCCCAGCGGACCUCUACGCCUGGUACCGCUCCCGACUGAACCCAGGAACCGAUCAGGGGCCCUCUGAGGGGCCCCUGGGUUUCAGUCGGUCCAUCAACGUGUCGGUCUCUGCAGACGCUCAGUACUUCUGUGAAGUGGGGAACCCUUACGGAGCGAAGAACACCAGCCUGACCCAGAUGGUCGUCCACUCUCCUCCCAGGAUCCUGCCCUCUUCAGGCUGCAGCAGAAUUGCAGCCUGGGUGCGAUGUUCCUGCGACAGCGUGGGAAGACCAUCACCGUCUCUGGAGUGGCGGUUGGAUGGCAAACUGGUGUCGGGUUCUAAAGACGUGUCUGUUAGCCAGGUCAACCUGGACAAUACAACCUCGUGGAGCACCCUAACAAUCAAGGCCUUACCUGGGCCGACAGCCUUGACCUGCCACAGCUCCAACGCUGUUGGGAACACCAGCCAGAAGCUGCCUGUGUCCCACCUGGACACACAGCCAAACCUGACAGACUUGGUGCUGUGCACUGUCAAAUCUGCUGUGAUGUUCGUGGGCUUAGUGUGCGUGGUCGUCUGUAUUAUAAGGCGUAGAGAGAAAGAUGAAGUAAAGCUUUUACUCUUCAGGAACUUCAUAUCAAGUCCUUCACCUCUAUCACUUCUGGAGGAGAACAUGACUGGAUCCUGGAGACUAUUUCUGCUCUGUAGUCUCCUGCUAGGUGCUGGGUGCAACGCUGCAGUAUUUGAGGCCCUAAUGCCAGCAAGUGUGAUGACACUCAGUGGAUCCUGUGUUACCGUUCCUUGUUCCUUCACCGUGAGGGACGGGUUUGAUGACUGGCUAAAGCCUGAAUGUGGAAAAUAUUGGUAUAAAAUUAAAUAUCAACCUAUAAGUUCUACAACAUUCAGGGGGGACCUUACCGCAUACAACUGUACCACAACAUUCAAUAACGUACAUGAAGACAAUGUUCAAUAUUAUUUUAGAAUUGAAUGUCAUGGAAAAUUAAAAUAUCAGUUUUAUGAAAACCCAGUGACCAUCAGGAUCAAGGGGCUCCCUGAUGCACCUCGUUUGACCCCCCCCAAGGAGCCGGUGGUGGAGGGGACUCCUGUGGAGCUGGGGUGCUCUGCCCCGUCCUACUGUGACACCCACCCCCCCACUGUGACGUGGACCCCCGCCCUGGGGCUCAGCACCCAGCUCCAGCAGAACGAUACCGUGACCUCCACUCUGACCUUCAACGCCUCCCACCUCCACCAUGGAAACAAUGUCUCCUGCACUGCGGCCUACUACACACCAUCUGGGAACAAAACUGUGACGUCUACAAGAUACCAACUCAGUAUCUCAUAUGCCCCCAGGAACACCUCUGCUGUCGGCAGCCCGUGUCUUCCAGCCAGAGAGGAAGGCUGCCUCAACCUGACCUGCACCAGUCAUGCUAACCCUGCUGUCAGCGAGGUCAUCUGGUACCGAAUACACGGAGAACACAUCCUUAAGAUCGGGAGUGGAUCUCCUCUGUCCAUCCAGCUGUGGAACGCCAAUGAUGUUUUCUUCUGUGUAGUCAGGAAUGACAUUGGCAUUGAAACGUCUAAUAUCUACAAGAUCGACUUUCAAACUCCUCCCAGGAUCCUGCCCUCUUCAGCCUGCAGCAGAAUUGCAGCCUGGGUGCGAUGUUCCUGCUACAGCGUGGGCAGACCAUCACCGUCUCUGGAGUGGUGGUUGGAUGGGAAACUGGUGUUGGGUUCUGAAGACGUGUCUGUUAGCCAGGUCAGCCUGGAGAACGCCACGUUGAGGAGCUCCCUCACAAUGAGGGCCCCUGCUGGUCCGACAGCCUUGACCUGCCACAGCUCCAACGCUGCCGGGAACACCAGCCAGAAGCUCCCUGUCCCCCACCUGGAUACACAGCCAAACCUGACAGACUUGGUGCUGUGCAUUGUCAAAUCUGCUGUGAUAUUCGUGGGAUUAGUGUGCGUGGUUGUGUGUAUUAUAAGAACCCGGAAAGUGGGUGAGGAGACGCGGUCCUUUAACGCUGCCACUGUGAAGCGAGCCCCCCCAGACGAGGAGGAGUCUCAGGUCGUCUUCGGAGGUGAGGGGGACAUAUACGUUAACAACGGGAUGCAGAUGAACCCGGUUGGGCCGAGAGAGGAGCCUGUUGGACCGAGAGAGGAGGCUGUUCUGAGGGCCGGUUCCCCAGUCUCAACGCACCAUGAUGCAGCUUCCUCCCACCGGAUAGGCCCUGCAGGCUCCCACACAGGACGACCGGUCUCUAGGGAGCUGACUGAAGAUACUCAGUAGCAGUUCAUGAUGACCAAGUAUUUCCUCCAGGUAGAUAUUUUAAAAAGUUAGUAUAUAGCUUUUCUUAAAUUAGUUGAAAACCAUCGGUGUCAGUGGCAGCCUGCCCUAUACGCUGAAUAUGCAGUUGUGUGGACCAGUCUAGCCAGUUCACAAAAGUUAAUUAAUUCUCUAAUUCAAGAUCCAUUCGGAGGGGUUAUGUUGCCCUCUGGUGGUCAUUUGCAUUCACAGCCCAGGUAGAGAAUGCUUGUAGUUGUCCAGGGUGAAUUUUAACACACUAUAUACUGUUUCAUACAUUGUGUGCAACAUGACAGCAAAUAUAUUGAAAUUAAUAAAUGUCUUAAUAGUAAUUCUAUCAUUUUGGCAAAAUAAACAUUGGUCAAGUUUCUACUAGGUUUUAUAGCAAUGUUUAAUUUUGAUUAAAAUGUGUAACCAUCUCUUUUAAACAAUUGCAGUCCUUUGUUUUUAUUUAAAGUCGCAGUUUUCAGCUCAAGGUAGGGAUGGCCCCAAAAUAAGUCUUGCCUAGGGCCCCCUACUGCCUAGAGCCAACACUGACCAGUGUCCCUGGUAACAUCUAGUGUCCCUGUAACAUCUUCUAGCGUCCCUGGUAACAUCUAGUGUCCCUGGUAACAUCUAGCGUCCUAGGUAACAACUAGCAUACCUUGGUUCCCUGGUACCAACCAGUCUUCCUGGUCAGUAUUAACCAAGAGCAGUGUUUGAAGUAUCAAGAGAGAACAAUAUAAACCGUGUUAUCAGAUGACCGUAUCAACA